AUGGCCAAACCGUACGGAACCACAGACAUCAAAGCGUCGGCACUGGAGCUGAUCGGCAACACACCGCUGGUGGCGUUGGACCGCAUAUGGCCGGGUCCGGGCCGUAUACUCGCAAAGUGUGAGUUCAUGAACCCGGGCGCCAGCAUUAAGGACCGCUCAUCCCUAUCGAUGAUUCAGCGGGCGCUCAACUCCGGCAAACUCAAGCCCAACGGACCCAUCGUUGAGGUGACGAGCGGUAACCAGGGCUGCGGUCUUGCGGUUGUGGCCGCUGUGUUGAAACAUCCGUUAACGUUGACGAUGUCGGCCGGCAAUAGCCCGCAACGGGCGUCGAUGAUGAGGGCAUUGGGUGCCAAAGUUGUGUUGGCCCCGCAGGUGGAGGGAAAGCCCGGCUACGUUACGCUCGCCGACGUGACUCAGGCCGAGAAUCUGGGCCUUAAACUGGUGGCCGACACCGGAGCCUAUUAUGUCAAUCAGUUCAACAACGAAGACAACCCUAAGGGACACGAAGAGCAUAUGGGCCCAGAGAUCUGGCGCCAAACUGGCGGUCAUAUUGACGUAUUCGUGGCCACUGUGGGAACGGCGGGCACUUUUGUCGGCGUUUCCCGGUAUCUGAAAAAGCAAAACAAAGAUAUCAAGUGUGUUGUGGUGGAGCCCGAGGGCGCUCAGGUCAUCAAAGGUGAUCCGGUGACCAAACCCAUGCAUGUGUUGCAGGGCUCGGGCUAUGGAAAGGUUCCCCAACUCUUUAAGUUUGAGACAAUGGACUUCACUGUCGGUGUGAGCGAUGCGGAGGCCAUUCAGUACAAGAAUCUGUUGGCCGAGAAGGAGGGCCUGUAUAUGGGCUACACGUCCGGCGCUAAUGUGGCCGCAGCUGUCAGACUGUUGAAGUCGGGUAAAGUGCCCAAAGAUGCCUGGAUUGUCACUCUUCUCAACGAUUCUGGUCUUAAAUAUCCGGCCGAUAAUUAG